AUGCGAGCAGCCGCCCUGGUCUGGCUCGCCGUAGCCGCGUUAUGCACUUCUCGGUUUCUCCCUUCCAACUUCAGCGAAGAUGGCAAAACAGCAGCAGUCCUCCGUCUCGCCAACGUGUCCCUCGUCGACAGUGUCUUCUGCGAUGAUUGCGGGACUCGUGCCGGCUCCGGACCGCCGGACGACACCGACGACGAUGAUGACGAAGACGACGGCCCCGGAUAUACCGACGAGGAAUACAAGGUGCUCUUGAUGGAGGGUUGUACUUUGAUUGGCAUGAUGGCGACGCCCGACCAUGUUGCUGCGAGGUUCAUGCGGCCGCUUUAUACACGCACGACGGCCGCCAGCCCCUUUACCGAUAUGCAAGCGUUUGAAGACUGGGGAUACAGCAAUGACAUCUUUGGGCGAUAUAUGCUAGGAAAGGACAGGGGCCCAGAUGUCGACGAAGUCCUGCACGACCUCGGCGUUGACCCGAUGGAGUUGGACGAUGAGGGAGGAAAGACGGUCUACGCUGGGUGGACGCAUGACACGCUGACAACGCACGACAACGUUAAGUAUGAGCCUACGGCCGCAAUGUUUCGCACCCUAAUCAACGUCGAUCAAGGCGUCGUGAUUGCCUGGUUCAAGUUCGGACCAGCGUUCACGGGUCUCGAACAGGAUCCCCCGGUUACGACGAUUCCUCGGCUCAAGAAUUGGGCGGACAUCGCAUUCCUGGACUGGCAGCGGAUCGCAAAAGAACGCGAUCAGCCUGUCAAUCGCUUACGCUACAUUUUCUCAAGCAACGUGGAGAACUCCCACACCAAGGAUGCCAUCCGUCGGAUCCUAGGUGAGCGACUCGGCAAGGAUACUUGCGGUGAUUACCUUUGGACUACUGGAAGACGGGAAUUCUUUCCGAAAGAUGAAGGCUACAAGGCUCUUCUGGCAAGCCCGAAUGGAAGGGGUGCGGCCUUGAUGCUCAUCACGCACAAAGCUGUAUUCGGAGAGAGGAGGAUGAUUGGAAGCAUCCAUCUCUGGUGCGAACGUGAGGAUGGGAAGAUCAGUCUUCUCUUCGCUGUGAACGAGCAUGAUGAGGAAGAUGACGAUGACGACUGGGAUGAUGAUGGAGAGCCAGACGACCCAGGUGCCCCACUUUUCUCGGUGUCUUUGCGUAGUGCUGCUGCUGCUGCCGCUACGCCUUUGGCUCGUGGUAUGGAGACGCGGCCCCUUCACCAGACUAGGGUUCACUAUUUAUAG